AUGGCCCAGCCAGGUGUUCAAUCUUUGAAGUGUGUAGUGACCGGUGACGGUGCAGUUGGCAAGACAUGUUUGCUCAUUUCCUAUACCACGAAUGCCUUCCCAGGCGAAUACAUCCCCACAGUUUUCGAUAAUUACUCGGCCAGUGUGAUGGUUGAUGGCAAGCCCAUCAGCCUUGGACUCUGGGAUACUGCCGGUCAGGAAGAUUACGAUCGACUACGGCCUCUGUCCUACCCUCAGACCGACGUCUUCCUCAUCUGCUUCUCCAUCGUGAGCCCGCCUUCGUUUGACAACGUCAAGGCCAAGUGGCACCCUGAGAUCGGCCACCAUGCCCCCAACACCCCCAUCAUUCUUGUCGGUACCAAGCUCGAUCUGAGAGAAGAUCCUGCCACCCUCGAGUCUCUCCGCCAGAAGCGAAUGGAGCCUGUCACGUACGAACAAGCCCUAAACUGCGCAAAGGAGAUCAGGGCGUACAAGUACCUUGAAUGCUCAGCCCUCACUCAGCGAAAUCUGAAGAGCGUUUUUGAUGAGGCCAUCCGCGCCGUUCUCAACCCCAAACCCACUGUUUCCAGCAAGAAGCGAUCCAAGUGCUCCAUCUUGUAA